AGGAGAGGCAGAAGCGGAGAAAGAGAUCAAGCAGCUGUUCGCAAUUCCGGAUUUGGCUAGCUAUCCACACGGCAUCCUUCCAUUUAGCAGCAUGGCCGAGGGUUCGGUGUCACUAGAAGAGGUGAAGACUUCCUUCCAGAGGUUUGCAGUCCAUGGAGACACCAAAGCCACAGGGAAGGAGAUGAAUGGCAAGAAUUUUGCGAAGCUCUGCAAAGACUGCAACAUCACUGAUGGGAAGAAUGUGACUACCACAGAUGUUGACAUUGUUUUUAGCAAAGUCAAGGCAAAGUCAGUUCGUGUAAUCACAUUUGAGCAGUUUAGCCAGGCCCUGACAGAGUUGGCUCCUAAACGUUUUAAAGGAAAGAACAAGGAGGAGUCACUUCAGCAGCUUUAUGGUCUCAUUGUUGGGAAAGAACCUGCCAACAUUGGUGUCACUAAAGCCGCCAAGGCAGGAGCAGUGGACAGACUGACUGACACCUCCAAGUACACUGGCUCACACAAGGAGCGGUUUGAUGACACAGGAAAAGGCAAAGGAAAGGCUGGGCGUGAGGACAUCCCAGACACCAGUGGUUAUGUGUCAGCUUACAAGGGCAGCGGCACUUAUGAAGACAAAGUGAAAGAGGCAUAACACUGCUAGCCAUUAUUAUGUUUCACCAAUAACUUAGUUAGGGGUACUAAACAGAAGUUAAUGCCUGUUUUAUUUAGUUAGACAAAACAAAGUGGGAAUUUCAUGAUGUAUACAGCAUGUACGAGUAAUAGUUUUCUGUGUAUUUUCUGCUGGAACCAAAAAAGAAACUACAUGCUUCAUAUUGUUACUCUGCUUUGCUAUACACUGUGCCUUACUAAAUAUAUAGCCAUUAGUGUGAAUACUAUGAUACAUUGCUAUGCUCUGUUAACCAUAAUGCAAAGGAUAAAAACAUAGCUAGUAUCAAGAAUGACGCUAUCUCAGUAGCUGCUCUGCAAGCUUUUCAUUUUAGAUUUCAGUGCCUUUGUUACAUGACCAAUCAGUGCCCAUUAUUUUCAUCAUAGUUUCAUAGUAUGAAAUUAAUAGCUUUUAACAGUUUAUUUAGAAAAAUGCAAUAGGCAUAAAAGAACACAGUGUAACACUCUUUGAUUAUUAAUAAAAACAAAAAAACAAAAAACACCAAGCAGCGAAGAACAAAGAGUCAGAUUCUGGUACUGAUGAAGCUAAACAUAUAAAUUACUUAAAUUUUUUUUUUAAACUUUCUUUGUAAUCAUACUUGGACCUUAAAUGCUCCUAUUACAUCUCUUUUCACUAUGUUUUGUCUAUUUAAGUUUAAUGAAUAAAGAAUGCCCAUUUUCACCGUGAAUGGAAAUGUAAUUUAAAAGAAGUGAUUGCAAAUAUCUAAAUAAAUAUCUAAAAUGCAAAAUUUGAUCAUA